UGGUACUCCGGACACGUGCUGUCGGCUAUGGGCGAUGUAGUGGUGGUCACAUUCAACUACCGUCUCACCACAUUUGGCUUACUAUACACGGGUGCCAAACACCCGGGCGGUGCUCCGGGCAAUAUGGCUCUAUGGGAUCAGGCACUUGCGCUGGAGUGGGUGGUCGACAAUAUAGCCUAUUUUGCGCAUAACAAUGUUUGGCGAGUCGGCCGGUGCCAUAUCGACCAGUCUCCACAUUUUGUCCCCAAUUACUCGUCGCUGGCGCUGGAGUGGGUGGUCGACAAUAUAGCCUAUUUUGGUGGCGAUCCUAAGCGCAUAACAAUGUUUGGCGAGUCGGCCGGUGCCAUAUCGACCAGUCUCCACAUUUUGUCCCCAAUUACUCGCCACUUAUUCCAAAGGGCUAUUAUUAUGUCGGGCGCCGCCUCUAAAACCCUGUGCACCUCUACCGACGCCGAGAGUGUAUGGUAUGAAAGGGCAGUGGCUUUUGGUUGUGGCACUGCCGGCGACGAUAGCACAGCACAUGAGUUUACACCGGAGAUGAUUGAGUGUAUGGCCAGACUGUCCACCGAAGACCUACUUAAGGCCAGGGGUUUAGGGCUCAGUCGCUGUGAACUAGAUCUUAUGAUUGACGGCGAGUUUGUACCCAACAAUCCCAUAGAAUUGCUUAAGUCGGGCGACUAUAAGCGUGAUAUAGAUGUGCUGAUCGGUACGGUAGACAACGAGGGUAGUAUGUUUCUCAGCUGGUUUAUUGACCCUAUUAAGUUUAACAAGUGGCAGCCACUGUCCAUUAGUUACCACGAUGCCUAUGAAUAUGCUCUCAGCUUCUUAACAGGCUUUCACCGCUUGCCUCCCACUGGCUCUCAGCAAGUGGUCGACACAUACUUUAACGGUCUGUCCAAUGAGACCAAUCAUGAAGUUUUAAUUCAGACCGUUGGCCGACUGGUGGGUGACCUUUGGCUCACGUGUCCAACAAAACUGUUUGCCCGAUAUAUACACUCCGGGCACCCGAAGAGUCGUGUAUACGAGUACUACUAUAACGCCAAGUCUACGGCCGGACAUCAGUUGUUUUGCUCUGAUUGGAUGGGUGUCUGUCAUUUCGAUGAUAUCUAUCCCGUGUUUGGUCUACCGUUUCAAGAGUACGACAGAUAUGACCGCCGGGAACGCCAAAUAUCGGCCCAAAUGAUUGAUGUGUUUACGGGGUUUGCACGCAAUGGACAGCCGCCAAAACAAUCGGGCGCUGAUUGGCGGCCGUAUUAUACGGUUAACGACAAUACAGUUAUUGCUCCGUAUUAUGAGUUCACUGUUGAGCCCAAAGGAAAGGCAGUAAUUAAAUGCGAAACGAAAAAUGCCAACACAAUCGUCAGCGUUAGAGUGACCAACGGUCUGAUCACCGGUUUUGCGGACCAGUUAUAUGGCGUCAAAAUAAACGCGUUUUUAGGCAUACCAUACGCCGAGCCACCAGUCGGUGACUUGAGGUUCAAAAAGCCUAUGCCGGUGAGAGAGGCCUGGCCUAAACCAGUGGGCGCCACCAAAUGGCCCAAAGCG